AUGGAUGAAAGAUGGAUAUCAAGUCCUUGGCCUAGUUUGAAGCCAAUGACAAAUAUGGUCCACAUCGAUGAGAAAUGGUAUGACAUGGCCCGAGUGAAGAGUAGCUACUACGUACUGCCUGCAGAAGAACAACCAAAUCGAAAUGUGCACAAUACUCAUAGCAUUGGGAAGGUAAUGUUUCUAACAGAUGUGGCCAAACCUCGCUACAAUGAAGAUGGGGAGAUGACAUUUGAUGGAAAGCUUGGAAUUUGGCCGUUCGUGAUAGAGACCGAGGCACAACGAACAAGCCACAACAGAGAUAGGGGGACAAUAGAGUUGAGGCCGGUCAAAGUUACUAGACAUGUGUGCAGAGAUUACCUGAUCAAUAAAGUAAUCCCUGCCAUUCAAGACAAAUGGCCGGACGGUGACGAGGACACAAUGAUCUUCAUUCAACAAGAUAAUGCAACACCGCAUGUCCUCCCUAAUGAUGUCGGUUUUCUAGAAGCCGUGGCACAGACAGAUCUAGAUAUUCGACUAUUGCAACAACCACCGAACAACCCUGAGCUCAAUGUUCUAGAUCUUUGUUUCCACUGCUCCCUCCAAUCCCUAACUGACUGCAGAUCACCUAUGAAUAUCCAGGAAUUAGUACAGGGUGUAGAGGAGGAGUUUGAGAACUAUGAUGCCCGUAAGCUGUUCAAAAGCUUCAUGACGUUGCAAGCAGUCAUGGUGGAAGUGAUGAAAGAUCAAGGAGGAAACAACUACAAGAUGCCGCAUCUGCAUAAGGAACGUCUACAGAAUGCUGGAGAGGAAAUAAUCGGUGUAUACUGCAGUCCUGAGCUAAUUACUGACACCAAGGUCAUCAUAGAACAAGGAAAUGAGUAG